AUGAGCUCGUCCAGCUCAGCCCCAUUUUCCUAUUUCCCCAAAGCGCAGAGCAACAAGCCACCGCUAAUUGCAAACGAGAAUGCCUUCUUAGGAGACGUCGCAACAUCUAUCGAUCCAGAGAAGCCCAUCUCAGCUGGGUUCUACCGCUUGGAAAAGGGGACACCGCUCGUAUAUGAGUACACGUAUCACGAGAUGAAGAUAAUUGUUGAGGGCAGCUUUGAUAUAAGUGACGAAGCAGGAAACAAAGUGCAUGCUGUCCCAGGCGACGUUUUCUAUUUCCCCAAGGGCUCCAAAAUCACCUUUACUACAGAAGAUUACGGGCUUGGUUUCUUCUGUGGGCAAAGAGAGAAGGAUAGCGCAUAA